AUGAAACUAAUCGAUAAUCUAUUAGUUUUAUUAGCUCUGCUAGUUGGAGUAGAAACUGAAAUCAAAUCACAGACUUUCGAGCUUCCCCAAUUGAAUGUGCAAUAUGAUCAGCUGUAUCUACACAGAAAGAGUCCCACUGUGCUCACCUGUCGGAUCUCGCCUGGAUGGAGUGAAGCGAGAAUGGUUCAUAUCGAUUGGUUGAAAGAUGGAGAAUUGAUCACGAGAGUCAGCGAGAUGAAAGGCGAAUUUGAGCUCAAAGAUGGAGUUCUGAACAUCACUGGCGCUAAACAACCAGUUGAGGGGAAUUAUCAAUGCUUGGCUACUCUUCACAAGAUUCGACUCUCAAAUCGACAAUAUGUUGAGACAAGUCUCGUCUCACCGCCGAUAAAGUUGAGAAGAGCAAGGAUGACAAAAUUCGACAGAACAACUGAACAUUUUGUGGAUGCUCAAUUGGGUGAAGUGGCUCGAUUGCCUUGCAUUGGAAUGCCUGAUGUAAUCCCUGGACCGCCGGAAGUUUGCUUUGAAAGAGAUGGAGAUAAAGAUCGAUGUUUUGGAGAUAAAACAGAUAAAGAUUUGACAAAAUAUCUCUCCACUCCAUCUGGUCUUCAAAUUGCUCUUGUUCAACCAGAAGAUGAGGGGAAAUAUUAUUGUGUUGUGAGAAACACAUACACAAACAGUUCAAGAAAGAGUCCAAAAGGAGUCUUUUUUAAGAUCAACAAGGAACGACGACACGAGGAACUGAAUGACAAAGCUGUGCCCGAUAUCAAGCCUCAACUUCUUUUUCCAACAAAAGGCAUCAACAAGCCGAUUAUCGUUGAUGUUGUGAUGGGACAAGAUAUCAUUCUUGAAUGUGUUUUCUCUAAGGAUACGAAAGUUGUUUGGAAAAGGGACAGCGAAGAAUUACGUGGCAUCAUUCACAAUGACGAGAUUCGACCACUUCGACAGAUUUGGGGAAAUUUAAGAAUCAAGAAUGUUAGCCAACAAGAUGCUGGAAUCUAUUCUUGCCAUGGAUUGAAUCCAUUUGAGGAUAUUCCUUCAAUUGAAGACAAGGAUCAGCCAAGAGCCCAUUACAAGCUAGUGGUCCAUGCACCAACUUCCGUCAAACUCGCCAUUCAACCCCGAAGAGGAGAUGGUCGUUUCAUUCAACUUUCUUGUCUUGCUGAACAUCUCCAUUACGAGAUUCCAAUGGUUUAUGUCAAUGCUACUCCUUUAAUUAACAAUAUCGAUCAAAUGGGAAUCCCUGAUGAAACAAAUUUCUACACAAAUCCUGUCAAUCUUACAAUGGAAGUGCAUCGGAACUUCUCAGGAAGUAUUCAGUGCCUUUCUCGGCCGGCAAUGGAUGAGGCAGAGAUCUAUGGAAUGGGAUUAGAAAGAGGAAUGAGUGACAAUAUUUUUGUUGUGAAUAGUGGACCCGCUGGAGCACAUAGUGAUCUCAUUACGCAGGGUCCAACUAACACGACGGUGAUGGCUGGUGAAAGGGCUGAUUUGAUUUGUGUCGUUCAAAAAGCUGGAUCGAAGUAUUGGAAAUUCAAAUGCGCGAGUUGUCAAGCAGCUCAACUAGUUAAGAUUAUUGGAACAAAAAUGAAAACGACUGGAAGUAACACUUUGAGAAUCGAAAAUGUACAACCGGAAGAUGAAGGAUGGUACACUUGCAUCAUUCGAGAGUCCCACUCUUACAAGGAGAGCUCAGCAAUGGCCUAUUUGAGAGUUCUCACCCCAACCACGACGCCAUUACCAUUAACCACCGAAUUACCCUAUUAUAAACCGGAGAUGCGAGAAAUAAUCAUCGACGAUUUGCAAUCUUUUGUCAAUAAACAAGAUGUGAGAGUGAUGUGGAAUCUUCAAGCAACACACGAAUCAAAGUCGAAGAUCAAAGAGAUCAAGGUUGAUGUACAUCGAAUUGGUGGCUCGUGGAUUGAGGGAACUUCUGUGGAGACUCAUGUUCCAGCUACAACUCUCAAAGGAUUAAUCCCAAAUACAACGUAUACUUUUCGAGUUCGAGCGGUGAGAAAAGAUGGAUCCGAGGCGUUGAGUGCUGAAUCGAAUGAGUUUACCAUUGAACUACCCUUUGGAGAUAUUAAACCAGAUGCACCACAGAUUCUCAGCCUUGAACCAGUCUCUUCAACUUCUCUUCUCCUCAAAUGGACAACUUCAGCCACAAUUCAAAAUGCUGAGCCUAAGAACACUUUUGUCUUUUAUAAAACGAAAGGAGAAGAGCAAGCGAUCGUGAAUCGAAUCCCAGCUGGAGCAAACGAGUUCUAUUUGGAAGGCCUUAAACCAAUCACCGAGUACACUGUUUUUAUCGUUUCUGAAAACGAGGCUGGUCGGAGUCCACAAAGCAAAUCGAUCUCAGCCAAAACAUUCGACGUAUCGAUGGAGAACGGUCUCUUCGACACUCUCUUUAAAGGCCUUCGUCAAAUCGCUCCAGGAGUUGAACUCUCAACAAUUCUCAUCAUUCUCGGUUCUUCUCUUCUCCUUUUAAUCAUCCUUUUAGUCUGCUGUGUCAUUUUUUGUAACUUGAGAAGUAAAGCCGAGAAACAAACGAAAGGAGCUAAUGGGAAAUUCUUGGACACCUCAUAUCGGAUAUUUAAUGAGCAAAAGGUUCACAAAUCAAAGCUACCCACUGAUUUCUUCAAUACCGACGAUGUGGAUGAAUGUUCACCAUUGAGAAUGCAAAAUGGAAAUGGUGAUGGUCAAGGCUUUAUUUUGCCAAAUGUGUAUGGAGAAGUAGAAGAAAGAUUACCGGAACUUGAAGAAGAUCCACUUCCACCACCACCUCACGAUCAUUUAGAGCACAAUUAUAUGAAUACCGGGCUAAUCACCAUGAACACAUUGAAUUUCAAUGGAGUUUAUGGAGGAACAGUCUCAUCUGCGAGAUGUUAUUCUCCAGAAAGUGGCACUUCUCAUGAGAUGCUGCUCAGCAAUGGAGCUGCUCUUCCUUUCCCUCCACAAAUCCAGAAUCCCCUUCUGCCGAGUAUCAUCUCAAGCCCACAAAGAAUUAUGGCCUAUAGAAGUCCGGAUUCACUUCUCUAUUCACCGGCUGGAACCGCUUCCAACAGUCUGGCUGGGUCAUCAGAGCCACAAACGAGGACAACAUGUGAUAGUCCGCCACAUCCUGGAACGGAUGGCAGUGGAAGUGAUCCCGGGCUACGCUGUGGGGGAUCAUCAUCGAGAAACAGUCAAAAAGCUGCUCCAAACAGAAGAAUGAAGGCCGAUGAUAUGAACUGUUACUUCAUUUUAUUCUCUCUAAUUGUUUUCAUUAUUGCUUUACUAGUUGGAAUUACAGUUUGGUGUCACGGAAAAGUUUGCCGACCACACGGAAAUCGGAAACGCCACGAAGAAAGAGUUGCCUUUGGAGGACGA